AUGUACGUUCCUCUACAAGUCGAUCCUAGCUGCUGGUUCAAGCCUCGUGCGGUCCUGGACAGCAGGGUUCGCCCCUCCCCCUCGCUCCAAGCCAUGAAAAUUGUGCGAGGCCUGAGCAAGAAACACCUCCAAUACAUUGCCGAGCAUGAGGAGAAGUUGGUCCAGCGCUUGACUCCCGAGGACGUGUACCGCGUCUACACGCAGCGGGGCCUCAAGCCGCCUGGAACAGGCCAAGAUACCGGUUCCGAGUCCAGUGACGACAACAGCGAAACGUACCGUGACGGAGAUGUUCUGCCGAUCACGGUGGUGGGCGUUCGCAGCCAUCAUCACCCGGAUCCUCCAGUCAAGGCACAGGCUUUCAAAACCUGGGAGGCUAUGCGGAACGAAUACAACGACAAUCAGAGGCUUCAAGCCACACUUGCGAACGCAUCGAUCUGGGACGUGCAAAAUGACAGCUCGUUGUCAGAGAGUGGUAGUUGGACCACGGAGGAAAUCUCGUGGAAUGACCAGCUCGACAAAUCCUUCACUUCUGAAUCCGAAUCCUCUUGGGGUUCCAAGUGCGACGAUGAUUUCAUUGACGACAGCGUUCAGUGUGACUUUCAAGGCGAAAACUGGUGGCACAGCGAAACCGAUAGUGAGAACUGCUCACUGUUUCCAGAGCCACCUGGAUGCGAUCAUUGGCUCACGCAGAUUCCUACACCCCCUGACUCGGAUAUUUGUAGCUCACCAUGCUCGCCAGUCCCUUCGGAGAGUCAGCCCGCGCUGAGCAGCUGUGCUGGUGAUCUCCUCGCCUCCACCGACUCCUCGGUCUCGGGUGAUCCAGUCUUGAGCGCCAGUGAAGAGCUUUCCCAGCUCCUGAGCGACAAGAAGGUCCUGGAGGCCUUUCUCGAGGGAAUUGUGAAGCGCAUUAAGGAUUCGCGCAUAAGCAAGUCCGAGAAGGAGGCAGAGAAAGCUUCCCAGGACAAGGAGCAGCGACUCACCCGCCCAGAGCGACGCCAUCCCCGAGGGGAGGCCAGGGGAGACCCGAGGCGUGCUCUGCGCUUAUAUCGCAGCGGCGUGUUGUCCCCGGAGCAGGCCGAGCAGCAUAUCCCCGAGAAGACGCGCAAGGCACACUUCGAAAGCCACUUUCAAAUGACGCAUCAAUAUGAGGAUGAGCUUGGCACGGUGCACGCCGAACCAGUUGCCACCCACGGCGUGCCACCCGAGAACAAGUACGAGUGGACGACAACACAGCGGAAACGGAAAAUUCGCUUCUGA